AUGCAGAAAAGCUCCGCCUUCAUCUUCCCCCAGUCCUCCGCCAUCAACGGGGACCAGCGGCGUCCGCAACAGCUUCAUCCUCAUCACCAUCCUCACCACCCUCACCAGCAACACGCCAUCAUCCCGUCCAGCUCCACCCGCUCCGGCAGUAUUUCGGAAAUCCCCGCUUUCGCCGACUACCCGUUGAUGGACGACUCGUCCGUGUCUCAUCGUGCCAGUAUUAGUACCGAUGAAAACUCCAACGACUCGCCCGAAUCGUGGGAUGACGAGGGUCCCGACAGUUCUCCCGUCGCCGACGUCGAAGUGAAGAUCCACGACAUCUCCCAUCCUCUCGCCAUGACCUCCGCCAAAGCCUUCCAGUUCAAUAUGGUCGCUCAUCACGAUUCGGACCUGUCGAUGGGAGACGUAACACCCAAGGUCGAAGAGGUGGACGACGCGGAUGAUUUACAAAGUAUCAAACCUAUGGGUGUGGAUCCGUUGGCCAAUGCGGACUCUACUCAUCCGGAUUCCACGGCUCUUCCCGUCAACGUUCCACGGAAACGUGGACGACCGCGCAAACAUCCUCUUCCAGCUCCCGGAGGUCAAGUCAAAAUCACCAAAGCAGCAGCCCGAUGUCAGACGAUGAUCUCUCGUGCCCUCCCUUUCCUAAUCGAUGGAAUCGAAAGCGAUAUCGACCGACGCUUCCUGGACCAUUUUGUGUACGGAUUCAGCCGUGUGCUGACGCUGAUCAACGAUGAUUCCAAUCCCUUCAAGGAGAUCCUCCUUCCGAUGGCGACACAACACCGCGGCUUGAUGCAUUCCCUCAUGUGUCUUUCAGGGUCACAUCUCUCCGGGCUCGAGCCGGAGCCGCGAGUUAUCGAGCGAAAAUACCACCAUUUCCAUCGGGCGAUUCGGGAUCUAAAGAGUAACAUCACGGCGUCAUCGAAAGGCGGGGGGGAGGAACCGGAAUUGUUGGUGGAAGACCCGAUCAUUGCGUCGACGAUCGCUCUAAGUCUCAAUACUAUCUGCGAGGGAGAGACCAACGGCGAAUACCGACCGCAUAUGGAUGCUGCAAGAUAUUUGUUAGUGACGCAAAAACCCCGGAAUGAGAAGUUCCGACAGUUCAUCGUCGAGUUCUUCCAAUAUCACGAUGUCUCCAACUCCAUUACCUCUUUGGACCGACGUCCCGCGCAUCUCAACGGGGACCUCAGGCUCCCGGACUUUGUCCCUCAUGCACAGGCCGGGAUGUUCUUGGGGGUGUUUGACGGUCUGUUCAACUACAUUUCCGAAGUGACGAGACUGCGCGACCGUAUCCGGCAGCGGUACAAUGAAGGGUACGAGCCGGCGGUGGACUAUCAGAUCUUGAGUGAGGCCGUCUCGAUCGACUCGGCCAUCCGAGCCUGGGAAACAUCCCACCCACCCAACACCCCGAACUGGGCCCUGGCACAGCUCUAUCGGCAAUCAACCUGGGUUUAUCUUUAUCGGACGAUUCGACCCUCGCGGCCUAGCGAGAAGAUUGCACGGGUAGUAGACGACGGUCUCGCCUUUUUAGAUCAGCUGCCACGGGAUGCGGGAGCUUACAGCAUCGUGCUGAUGCCGCUUUUCUUGCUGGGAUGUUCUGCAUUCGUGCCUGAGCAGCGAGAACGGAUCCAAAAGGGAUUCGAAUCGCUCAAGGCCUACUCCAACCUGCGCAAUAUUCAGCCGGCGCUGACCGUGGUGGAGAAAGUGUGGGAAGUGAUGGACAGCGACAUCGGAGACAGCUGGGACUGGGAGAAGAUCAUCAAAUCUAUGAACAUGGAUUUUCUCAUCACUUGA